AUGUCCAGCCGUCGCAGUGGACUCCGCUCGCGAAGAGAUGCCCAGCAAACGUCUGAUGCAGACACGCCCGACGCCACGCCCUCGCGGAAGCGCAGGCGGGUGAGCAGCCCAGCCCAGCUGGUUGACGGCAAUGAGUACUUACUGCGGGCACAGUUGAACGGCACGCACGAGGUGCCCGCCCCUGCCGACGCUGCACGCACCCGCAUCACCGAAUCCGUCGCUAGUAACGACUCCAACACGACGCUCCCCAACGGCGGGGAUGCAGAGAACCCCAUUGACGCGGUGGAGCGCCAGAACCUCAUCAUCGCCGCCCUCCGCACGCCCCAGUACACGCCGAAUGCCGCCGUCGACUAUGCCAACGAUCUGCAGGCCCGCAGAAACGAGGGCAAGAACAUCGCUGCCUUUGCCAAGAUUGCUGCUCGCGACUGGUGCUUCUUCGUCCAGGAGACUCGCGUCACCAUCGGCCGCGCAGACUCGUCGGUCCGCCCGAACCCGGCCAGUUCGCAGGCUGACCUCUCUGGCCUGCCCGCGAGCGACGCUCCACCGUCAAACUGGGGAGUGCACAUUGAUCUUGGCCCUGAACGCCAAAUCUCCCGCGUCCACGCCGAGAUCAACUUUGAACCCCAGGACCAGAAGUGGUAUAUCCAAGUCAACAGCCGCAACGGCCUCAAGCUGGACGACCGCAGCCUGACCCGUGGAGAUGUUUCGCCCCUGCACUCGGGCGUUUGCAUUGGCAUCAUGGGCACCCAGAUGCUUUUCCUCCUCGCCAACCAAGAAGACCAUUUCCACUCCAUGCUGUGGCGCCAGGUCAAGAACGAAGACGCUGCAGAAUCCGACAAUGACGGCAAUCCACCCCCCAAGUCGCAUCAUGCUCACCCUAGCGGACCAACGCCAAAGCGCGAGCAAUACGACCCAUUUCCGCCCUCAUCACACCCUCGCCACAAACAGCAAUCGUCACAGGCCUUCUACAGUCAGAUGACUUCCACUCCAGGCCGCCCACAACCAAACACACCUGUGGCUAUUCGCCCGGCAACGGAUCCCCGCAGCAGCAAAGGCUCGCCCGCUACCUUCUCUCGCGGCCUGAUGAUGGACUCUACCGACGAUAUCGACUACAGCCACGACUCGGCCAAGGAUAUCAAACCACCGCACAGCUACGCACAGCUCAUCGGGCAAGCGAUCCUGAGUAGUGAUGAGGAGAUGCUUACGCUUUCGAACAUAUACGACUACAUCAAGCAGCGAUAUGCUUUCUUCCGCUAUACCAAUGGCGGCUGGCAAAACUCGAUUCGCCAUAACCUAUCACUGAACAAGUCCUUUGAGAAGGUUGCACGACGUACCGAUGAGCCUGGAAAGGGCAUGAAGUGGAAGAUUGCUGAUUCGGAGCGUGAGGACUUCAUCAAGAAGCAGCUCCUGAAUCCACGCAAAGGAGGUGGUAUCGCUAUUGGAUAUCGAAUCGACGGCUCUGGACCGAGCUCGCCAGCACUGGGAAGCCUCCGCGAUCCUCCAUCUCAAGCUACGGAGCGUCUUAUCGGUGCUCUUGACCGCGACCCAGGAAACCCGGGAGCCCGCGUCAAGUCUCCCCCGCGUUCUACGACGCCACCUCUGUCGUCUGUACCCAUGGCGAUGGAGUCUUAUACCCCUGAUCGUGGCCCACGCCCCUACGGUGGCUUCAAGCAGUCACCAACCACGCGCGACAAGGAUUACUUCGUUACCCCCGCAAAGCGACUCGUUUAUGGAGCUGAUGAAGGCCGCGGACCUACCUACAUCAAGAGUGAUGAACACGGUCGGACUCUCGAGUCAUCACCCAACGUGGAUCCUGUGAAGCCCAACCUCUCUGGCCUCAAGGGCGAUGCUGCACACUCUCCGCCCACUCUGUACUCCGACGCCGCCACAAACAACGGCGGCAACCACGAUGCAGGCCGAAUGAACCACGCUCUAGUUACGCCGUUGGUGACACGCCACGCACCUCGUCUAGCUCCACCCAGCACCGCCCAAAUGCCCAGUCAAUACAUGAAUUUCUCCAGUCCAGCACCCUUCUGGAAAUUUGUUGAUCUGCCCAGCACGCCGGCCAAGCAUCCCAUCGAUUUGAGCCCCAUCAAACUUCAGCCCCCGGACGACAAGGAUGCCGAUGACGAGCUUGCUCAGCCUAGUUCGCCGCCCAUGCUACCUGAUGAAAAUAGCGCUGAACCCGAUGAGGAGGAGGAGGAGGAUGCCGAGGAGGAUGCCGAGGACAACAAAGGUGACGAUGACGAGGACGUUGGUCCUGAAAGCCCUAGCCGAACUUUAUCUCGCCCCGUCAGCCGCCGCGAGAUUGGAUCCCAGCGAUCGCGAUCGAACUCGAAUGUCAAUGGCCUCGGUAUUGUUGGCAGUGGUGGCAUGGUGCGCGGCGCAAGCUUGACAAGCUUCGAGGAGGAGCCCGAAGCUGAGGAGGAGAGUUAUGAUCUUUCCAAGGGUUUCCAAAAAAUUGGCUCUUUCCACCGCAGCAUGGCGCAAGCUCAUGGUGUUGGCCCCCGCGCUACACCACCCCCGCUGCCGAGGACAAGUGUGCCUGCGAAUAUGUAG